AUGCCAUCAACAAAUGAGAGCAAGUCCAACGAACGACGACAAACCACAGAGAGAAGACUUCAUUCUCUUCUUUCUCAUCUUCAGCUGCUCGGAAUGACUUCUCCGUUUUUCAGACAUGCAUCCAACGCUGUUCAGUACGCAACGAAUGAUUCAAAUAAUAAUAGAAAUGUAACGAGUCCAAACACUCCUCAAUCCAAAUCUCGGAUACCCGAAACGAAAUCGUCAUCAUCAAGAAAACAAGAAGGAAAGAUUAUUUUCAAUUCUAGUUUGAACACACAAGAUGCCAACAAGCCGAACUCUCUCGAAAACUUGUACCGAAACUUGAGACCUCAUGCCUUUCAAUCAUCGCAAACUGCUCCUCCAAAUAACAGAGAGGAACAACUCAACAAAACUCUCCAACAAAUGGCUGUGCAAUCGACCAAAUCAAGAAUUGGAGGUUCCGAUGUCUUGUUGCAAUUCUCUCCUCUGGUUACAGGACAAGUCAGACACUCACAAGUGACCUACAUUUCUCCUCACUCGGCAUCGGAAUCAGCAGAUUCAACUUCGUUGCAAGCUGGUGUUUUGUUGGUGGCUUCAACACGGGCAGAUGUGAGAAGAGCUUUUAUUGAGAGGCUAUGCCAAGCAGCUGUUGAAAGAUCUGCACUUGUGUACUCGAUUGCCACACAGGGAGGAGUCAAUGUUUCAACAGAUGGUGUCUACAAGUUGUCUACUCAUCCAACUCUCUCGAGAAGAGCGAUUCUGAACGCACUGCUGAGACACGGAGCUCAUUUACUGGUGUUUGGAACAAUCAGUACACGAGACGAUGUCAUGUCUUUGAUGGAUGCUGCUUACACAGGUUACCAUUGUGUCGCUGAAAUUUAUGGAGAAUCUGCUCAUGAUGUGUUAUCGAGGUUGGAGGCUAUUGGAGUAGACGUUUCCAUGUUGCCCCAAAACUUGAGAAUUGUGGUUCCAGCCAUUCCGAGCACAACAGUGGCUGCUGGAUCAACAACAUCACCAGAGCAAUCCAAUGGAUGA